UAGGAUCUGUCAUUGUCAUAUUCUGUGGUAAUUGUAUUGUUGUAUUUGUUGUUUGUUUUUCAGGCUUGUUAUCAACUUGUUAUUUUAUUAUAGACGAGACAAACUUUUUAUUCCACCGUUUUGGGGUGUAAAAAGUGUAAAUACUGUAAAUCUUGAAACCUUUGAAGUAAUCGAAGUCGAUUUUGUGCUGUGAGUGUAAUUAAUUUCUUAUAAUGCCCCAACUCAUCUUUGUAUGUUAGGAUGGAGACCGAAAGUGCCGCACUGCAUGUCUUUCCAAAUUCAAACAAGUCCCCAUAGCGGUUUCAUUUAAAGUUUGCGUCCAUAUGAGGCCCAGGUCUGCCAGGCCAGGCGAGAAAGGUCUGUGAUCUUCAUUUUACAGUUGGACAUAGAAAUCGUUUUAAUGCAAACACAUUGGCCACUCUUCUACAAGGUAAGCGAUAUUAAACAACUUUAUUGCUUAUUUUGACACCAAUAGGGUUGUUGACACAUGUUGAAUUUUAUGACUAAAUCUAGUUAAAUAGAUAGAAAAUGAGCAAUUUAUCACAAAACAUUGGAAACUUAAAAAAUAUGUUGGUAAAAAUACAAGACCUUAAAGCACUGACUUAAUAUAAAAUAUAUAGACACACAAAGCUCCUGCUUUAUGUGCAAAAACGUCAACAAAUGUGGAUCAGAAUGACGUUUUCGCACCAUUGUUGCCCUUGAUCAUUCCUCAAUGCUUGAAACUCUUGAAAGUGCUCUGAAACAAUUCUCUUGUGAUUUUAUACAACGUCUGUCAAGCACAGCCCUGGACUCCGAUAAAUCUGUGUUAUGUGAAUAUACCCAGUGUGCUCAACGGACACUGAUUUGCUGCUCGGAUUGGUUAUUUGUGACAAUGGUUCGAAACAGUGCGAUGUGUUGUGUACCUAAUUGCGGUAAAACGCGAUUAGAUAAUGUAAUUCUUCACAAAUUUCCCUGUCCAAUUAAUGAGGCUGACCGGUUUCGGACAUGGAUUUACUCUGUUGGUGGAGAUGUGUUAUCUUUGGAUAACCAAUUUAUUCAUAAGUACCGAAAAGUGUGUCAUAUUCACUUUAAGGAAAAAUAUAUUAAUCGAAGCGGAAGACUCAGCGAUAUUGCAAUUCCAACACUACAUUUAAAAGUUUUCCUGACAAUUUGCCUUGCGCUUGGCGGACGGUGCCCGAAGAAGAUAAUGACUGAGAAAGCGUGUUGCGUACCGGGUUGUUAUUCAUCCCGGUCUGACAAUGGAGUAAUAUUACAUGUAUUCCCAAAUCCUAUAAAGACGGAAAAAUAUCUUCUUUGGGCACAAGCAGCUGGGCCCGAGGUUUUAUCACUAGACCCCCACUUUGUAUACAAACGUCGGAGGAUCUGCCAUAUCCAUUUCGAAACAAAAUACUUGACUAAUACUAGACGACUGACCCACAAUGCUGUUCCUACUUUAUAUAUAGAUAACAGAAACAGUAAAAGUAUUGAGUCUGCGCCAAAUUCACAAGAAGCGGAAACCCGUUCCGAACAUUGGCAUAGCAAUACAGAUAACGCACCUCAACAGCCAAUAGAUUUGCAGCCAACAGAGGAGCGCCACCAGUUAAAGCUUGAUUUAGCCGCCGAGAUCGGUGAACUGAACGACCUGAUAGAGGCACACCCUUCUGACAAUGAAGACCUGCCACCCUCGCCUAUCCCACCAGAGAUAUCCGAGAACAUUCCUGAGACUAAUGACAGUAAUGAAACAGAAGGAGAGAAAAUUUUCUCAUGGCAAAAAGCUGAGUUGAUCGAGACAGUAGUUCCGGACCAAGUCGAGUAUCUAUGUCAGGAUUGUGCAGUUGUUAUUGAAGGGUUCUUGUUCUGGUGCGUGCAAUGCGCGUGCGGCCCACUGUGCGUUGCGUGCGCAGGCUGCGCGCCGCAUAGCACACACUACGUGCUGCGCGCGCCAGAGGGCGCCACUCUUAGACAAACGCGGGCAGUGCUAGCAGCUAUACGACAUCAGCUGCUGAAAGAAAAUCUACUAACAUUGUAUGAAAUCGAUGAAAAGGAUGUGAAAGUGGAAGUGAAACCGGAGCCAGAGGAGCGUCCCUUGCCCCCGAGCCUGCUGCAGGAUCCGCUUGACUUAGAGCCCCGACUAGACGCUGAACCCCACUACCCGGCCUCUGGGCAACAGUCCGGGGAGUUUAGGAGAGAAUCAUCUCCCGAAGUCAUAGAACUUAAAUCCGAGACCGUGGAGCUCCAACCCGAAGAUAUAGUCAUUGAGUGUGUAAACGAGGAAACAGUCGAUCGCCAUCCUUUCAAGCGUCCUAGGCUUAUGAACCACCGAACAGGCAAAUUAAACACCACAAAAGGCGUCCAACAACGUUCCCUACUAAAGACCCCACCUAUAAUUUUGAAAGGGUCACAAACCCUUACAGAUUUAACACCUGGAUAUAUCACAGAAUUAAAACCUCGUAUAAAGAUACCUAGCGAUAGCCCAGGAUCACAAUCUGGUAUAAAGAUUCUAUCUAGCGAUCGCACUGGAUCACAAUCUGAUAGAGAGAUCCUAUAUAGCAAUGGUACAAUAACUUUGUCUGCUAUAAAGAACCUACCUAGUGAUGGUUCAAGAACUCAAUCUGGUAUAGAGAGCCUACCUAGCGAUGGUUCAAAAACUCAAUCUGGUAUAAAGAGCCUAUCUAGCGAUGAUUCAAGAACUCAAUCUGGUAUAAAGAGCCUACCUAGCGAUGGUUCAAGAACCCAAUCUGGUAUAAAGAGCCUACCUAGCGAUGGUUCAAGAACCCAAUCUGGUACAAAGAGCCUACCUAGCGAUGGUUCAAGAACCCAAUCUGGUAUAAAGAGCCUACCUAGCGACGGUUCAAGAACUCAAUCUGGUAUAAAGAGCCUACCUAGCGAUGGCUCAAGAACUCAAUUGGGUAUAAAGAGCCUACCUAGCGAUGGUUCAAGAAUCGAAUCUGGUAUAAAGAGCCUACCUAGCGAUGGUUCAAGAACUCAUUCUGGUAUAAAGAUAAUUCCUAGCGAUUGUACAGUGUCACAACCUCUUAAAAAAGUCACGCCUAGCGAUACUAUAAGAUUACAUCUCCCUAGUCAUCUUGGAGGGUCAAUAAUACUCCAAAAAAUCCAACCUAGUGAACUCAUAUCAGAAAUGACCUUAAAUCUCAAAAAGGUCCAGAGCGUGCCCAAAGGCGCAUCCGUCUUAAAGCUCCCACAAAAUCCCAAAGGGCUGAAACUCCAAUUAUUACAAAACGAACCCCCUAACCCCAAGGUCAAGGUCUCUAACCCCCUAAAGGAUCCUCAAUCCGAAUCUGUGAUAAAUUUAGAGGAUGUGGUAAGUGAGGAAAUAGAGAUUUUAGACGAAGAACUUUUGGCCGAAAGCGAAUAUGAACAAGACCGAUUAGAGAUAGAAAAUCUGGAAGAUGAAGAAGAUAGUGAAAUAGACAAAUCUAGAUUUGAUAAAGAUAAGAUCGAUCAAGAAGUUAUAGACUAUUUAGAAAGUGAAAUGGAUGAUAGUGAUUUAGAUAAAGAUUAUAGGAUAGAUGAGGAACGGAUAGAUGAAGAUUCAAUAGAUGAGACAGAUGUAGAAGAUAUUACUGGAGGUGUUGGCAGGAGAACGAGGAACACCACAAAAAGUCUGAGAGCUCAUAGUGAAGUUAUGCGUCAUACGCUGACUUCAGAAGCCGCGGUGCAACUGCAGCCUCUUACCUCAUUAGAUAUAAGAAAGUGGUCGGCCGAGAAAAGACUUAAAUAAACUCUAGGAAUUAUAA